AUGGCAGCCCCUUUCCCCAGUGGCGGCGGAGAGGUCAAGUGCGGGCCAGGCCGUGGUGCCAGUGUCCCGUGGGACUUCCUGCCGGGGCUGGUGGUCAAGGCCCCUCCGGGACCCUGCCUGCAGGCGCAGCGCAAGGAGAAGUCCCGGAACGCGGCGCGCUCCCGGCGCGGGAAGGAAAACCUGGAGUUCUUCGAGCUGGCCAAGCUGCUCCCGCUGCCCGGCGCCAUCUCCAGCCAGCUGGACAAGGCGUCCAUCGUGCGUCUCAGCGUCACCUACCUCCGCCUGCGCCGCUUCGCCGCGCUGGGGGCGCCGCCGUGGGGGCUGCGGGCCGUGGGGCCGCCGACCGGUCUCGCCCCAGGCCGCCGGAGCCCCGCAGCGCUGGUCUCCGAGGUCUUCGAGCAACACCUGGGAGGACAUAUCCUGCAGUCCCUAGACGGCUUCGUGUUCGCCUUGAACCAGGAAGGGAAAUUCCUCUACAUUUCAGAAACAGUCUCCAUCUAUCUGGGUCUGUCACAGGUGGAGCUGACGGGCAGCAGCGUCUUCGACUACAUCCACCCUGGGGACCACUCGGAGGUCCUGGAGCAGCUGGGGCUGCGGGCUCGGAACCCCGGACCCCCCACCCCGCCCUCCAUUUCCUCCUCCUCCUCCUCCUCCUCCUCUUCCUCCUCGCUGGAUACCCCUGAGAUCGAGGCCAGCCCCGCCGAGGUCCCCCCUUCCUCUCGGGUCCAGGAGCGCUCCUUCUUCAUCCGCAUGAAGUCUACCCUCACCAAGAGGGGGCUGCAUGUCAAGGCCUCGGGGUACAAGGUCAUCCACGUGACAGGGCGUCUGCGGGCUCGCGCCCUGGGCCUUGUGGCUCUUGGCCACACGUUGCCCCCAGCGCCCCUGGCUGAGCUGCCACUCCACGGGCACAUGAUCGUCUUCCGCCUCAGCCUGGGCCUCACCAUCCUUGCUUGUGAGAGCAGAGUCAGUGACCACAUGGACCUGGGGCCCUCAGAGCUGGUGGGCCGCAGCUGCUACCAGUUUGUUCACGGACAGGAUGCAACCAGGAUUCGCCAAAGCCACCUGGACCUGCUGGACAAGGGUCAGGUCGUGACCGGUUACUACCGCUGGCUGCAGCGAGCAGGGGGCUUUGUGUGGCUGCAGUCUGUGGCCACUGUGGCUGGGAACGGGAAGAGCCCUGGGGAGCACCACGUGCUCUGGGUCAGUCACGUGCUCAGCCAAGCUGAAGGUAGUCAAACGCCUCUGGACGCCUUCCAGCUUCCGUCCAGCGUGGCGUGUAAGGACCCAUCCAGCCCAGCGUCAGAGCCCACAGAGGGGGAUCCUCCAGCAGAUGGGAAGCAGGCUGCCCCCGAGGACAAGGACGAGGUCACACAGACCUGCAGCAAACGCAUCAAAGUGGAGCCGGGGCCCAGGGAAAGAAGAGGCUCUGCUGACAGCGUGGAUGAGGAGCCUCCGGAGCAGCAGGCACCACCACGGCUAGAGUUCACAUCCGUCAUCCGGGCAGGGGCCCUGAAGCAGGACCCAGUAAGGCCGUGGGGCCUGGUGCCCGGGGACCCCCCACCUGCACUCCUCCAUGCGGGCUUCCUGCCGCCGGUGAUGCGGGGUCUGUGCACGCCAGGGACCAUCCGCUACGGCCCCACGGAGCUGGGCCUCAUGUACCCGCACCUGCAGAGGCUGGGCCCCGGCCCCUCGCUCCCUGAGGCCUUUUAUCCCACCCUGGGCCUGCCCUACCCUGGGCCUGUGGGGACCAGGGUGCAGCGGAAGGGGGUCUGA